AGGCACUAAGAGGUACUAGAUGAACAAGACAGGUAAUUGCAGCCCUUGUAAGCCUAAACUCUUGGGCAAGACAGAUGAUUUAAGACCCAGUUAUAAAUACAGUGUGAUAAACACUGCAGGUGUGUAUGGAGUUCUGCUGUAGGAUCAUAAAUAUUUUUGGAAGCCACGGGAGGAUGAAAAUGUCAAAGGAAAGUAGAAAUUGGGGACAAGAAGAGAAUUUUGAGAAAGAUCAACUUUGUGGAGAACAAAAAGUUGCUAGUGGAGAGAUAGGAGGGAAGCAAGGAGGGUCUGGUGUCACAGAGGCUGAACAGAGGAGUGCAUCUCAGGACAGAGUGAUCAACAGAUACUGCUCAGCAGGCAGGUCUUAGAAAAAUAUCCCAAUACACCCAUGAGUCAUAAAGAAAUUCUUCAAGUUAUCCAGAGAGAAGGACUAAAAGAAAUCAGAAGUGGAACGUCCCCUCUUGCAUGCCUGAAUGCCAUGCUGCACACAAACUCCCGAGGUGAAGAAGGCAUCUUCUAUAAGGUUCCAGGUAGAAUGGGAGUAUAUACUUUGAAGAAAGAUGUGCCGGAUGGGGUGAAAGAGCUUUCAGAAGGUUCAGAAGAAAGCAGUGAUGGUCAGUCAGAUUCCCAGAGUUCUGAAAACAGCAGCAGCAGCAGUGAUGGUGGCAGCAACAAGGAGGGAAAAAAGAGCAGGUGGAAAAGGAAAGUAUCAUCUAGGCUGUCACAGCCAUCUUCUCCUCAUUCGGGCUGCCCAUCUCCUACCAUUCCGGCAGGUAAAGUCAUUUCUUCAUCACAGAAGCACAGCAAGAAGGCACUAAAGCAGGCACUAAAACAGCAACAACAGAAGAAACAGCAGCAGCAGCAAUGCAGGCCAAGCAUGUCCAUCUCCUCCAACCAGCACCUGUCUCUGAAGACUGUCAAAGCAUCCAGUGAUCCUGUACCUGCCAAACCUGCAAUAUGGGAAGGAAAGCAAUCUGAUGGACAGUCAAGCAGCCCUCAGAACUCAAACUCUAGCUUUUCUUCUUCUUCGGUUAAAGUGGAAAAUCAUUUGCUGGGCCUGGGGAAGAAGUCAUUCCAGAGGGCUGACAGGCUCCACACAAGGCAAAUGAAGAGGACUAAAUGUGCUGAAAUUGAUGUUGAGACGCCAGACUCCAUUCUGGUUAAUACAAACCUACGAGCGCUAAUCAACAAACACACCUUUUCAGUCCUUCCUGGAGACUGCCAACAGCGACUGCUUUUACUACUUCCAGAGGUGGAUCGACAGGUUGGUCCAGAUGGUCUGAUGAAGUUAAAUGGCUCAGCGCUUAAUAAUGAAUUCUUCACUUCAGCAGCCCAAGGCUGGAAGGAAAGACUUUCAGAAGGUGAGUUUACACCGGAGAUGCAGGUGAGAAUUCGACAAGAGAUUGAGAAGGAGAAAAAAGUAGAGCCGUGGAAAGAACAAUUCUUUGAAAGCUACUAUGGUCAGAGUUCUGGCCUGAGUCUUGAAGACUCAAAGAAAUUGACAGCUUCACCCAAUGAUCCCAAAGUAAAGAAAACCCCAGCUGAGCAACCAAAAUCUACACUUCCUUCAGAGGCCUCGCCUGUCAGUGUAGUCCCAGUAAUUCCCCAGUUAGAAUCUAAGGAAGAAGUACUGCAGAUGCCAUCACCAGUCAGAAAAGAAGAACAUGAAAGCCAAGAUAAGACGCAGCCACACUCCACAGAGCCCCGUCUUUCCCCAGCUACCAAUACAGACGAGCUUAGCAGCAUUCCUCCCAUCAAGUGCCCGAAGGAUGAGGCUCUUGUGGAGCAAAAGCCAGUUGCCUCUGCUGGACAGGAAUCUGAGAAAGAGAAUCAUCUCACUGCACCUUCAAAUUGUAAUAAAAAUGAAAGCCAGGAAGCUUUAGUUACAGCCCUGAGCAAACCCAAGAGUCCUGGGGUAGAAACAACAGUAAUGAAGCCCACAGUAGAAGCAGGUCCACAGGAGACAACUAUGAAAGAGCCUCCAUCAGCUCUGGCUGAUCACAGCCCAGAAAGCCUCAAGAGGAAAUCUUCUCUCACCCAAGAAGAGGCCCCGACAAGCUGGGAGAAAAGGCCGCGUGUCACUGAGCACCGCCAGCACCAGCAGCCAUUUCAAGUCUCCCCACAGCCCUUUCUCAGUAGAGGGGACAGGUUCCAGGUGCGGAGAGUGCCACCUCUCAAGAUCCCGGUCUCCAGAAUCUCUCCCAUGCCGUUUCCUACAUCGCAGGUCUCUCCCAGGGCUCGUUUUCCAAUCUCCAUCACUAGUCCUAACAGAACAGGAGCCAGAACCCUUGCAGACAUCAAAGCAAAAGCCCAGCUGGUCAAAGCACAGAGGGCAGCUGCCGCCGCCGCAGCCGCAGCCGCUGCUGCCGCCUCAGUUGGAGGGACCAUUCCAGGACCUGGCCCAGGCGGUGGACAGGGUCCAGGGGAGGGGGGUGAAAGGAGAACUGCUAGAGGAGGGGAUCCUGACUCAGACAGAGUCAGUGAACCUGGCAAGAGCCCCGCACUGGAACUGGCAGGAACUGGAAGCAGGGGAGGUACGAGAGAGCUUUUACCUGCUGGGCCAGACUCUCAGCCCCAGUCUGAGACCAGGACCGCAGGCCAGCCACAGCCUCAUAGUGGCCCUGGAGCACAACUACAGCAAACCCCCUCAGUGCCUCCCGCAUCUGCCGUCGGUGGAGCAUGCACAGGUGUCCCCUCAGCAGCCCACACUCAUGCACUCCCGCCAGCUUUAGGAAAAUUUAGUAAUGAAAAACUAAAUCCCCCCAGGGCAACAGGCACUGUGGCCUCUCUUAGCCAGCACCAAGGGCCCAGUAACAGUAGGCAGGAGAAAGCACCUCCAGCUCCAGUGGAUCCUCCUCUGAUGGCGGGAGCCUCACCUGUUCAUUUUGCAGCCGCUGGCACAGUGGAGCCUAAAGCAGGUUCUAGUAAGAAUGCCCCAAAUCCUCCGGCCUCAGCAGAGAUAAGUGCUAGCGCUGCAGUGGAUCCAACCGCCUCCCCUUUAACAUCUCUGUUAACGACAGCCACUUUAGAGAAGCUCCCUGUGCACCAGGUCAGCAUAACCACAGCGCCUACCGGAUCAGCUCCAUCCUUGAGCACUUUGCCGGCAGCUUCUAGCCUUAAAACUCUGGGAACUUCUUCACAUAUGAAUGGACCCAUUUCAAGGCCAAGCUCUAGUAUCCCUGCUAAUAAUCCUUUGGUAACUCAGCUGCUGCAGGGCAAAGAUGUUCCCAUGGAGCAAAUUCUGCCUAAACCUCUCACCAAAGUUGAAAUGAAAACUGUUCCACUCACUACAAAAGAGGAGAAGAGGGUAGGAGCACUCGUAGGUACCAGCAUGACAGAGAACAGCCCCAGAGAGGAAGUUCACGAGAGACAGUCCCAUCCAGCUGCACAGCACCUGGGUAAAACUUUGCAAAGCAAGCAGCCCCCCCAGGUUUCAAGACCCCUGCAGCUCUUUUCAGGUAAGGAUCUAAGGGACUCUGGCAUUGACACACACCAGUACCAAGAAGGACUCAGUAAGGCCACCCAAGAUCAGAUUCUUCAGACUCUCAGCCAGAGGGUUCGGAGGCAGAACAUUCUCUCAUUUGUGCAGCCCUCACAGUUCAGCUUUACUCACUCAGGUUUCCAGUUCGAGGACAUCUCCACAAGCCAGAGGUUCAUGCUGGGUUUUGCUGGCAGAAGGACAUCGAAGCCUGCAAUGGCAGGUCACUACUUACUUAAUAUUUCCACCUAUGGCCGGGGUUCAGAGAGCUUUAGGAGGACCCAUUCUGUGAACCCCGAAGACCGAUUUUGUCUGAGUAGCCCCACUGAGGCCUUGAAAAUGGGAUACACAGACUGUAAAAAUGCAGCAGGAGAUAGUAGCAGCGGGAAGGAAGAUGAUACUGAUGAGGAAAGUACUGAUGAUGAGCAAGAAUCUGUCCUGGUGAAGGAGGAGCUGCAGGCUGCCCAGAGUUCUGGCAAGUGUGAUGCAAGUUCAGGACCACACAGUAGAGAAACCCUGUCCACCAGUGACUGUGCAGCUAAAAAGAAUGUGAAGGCAGAGACACCAGUGCCUGAGCAAACCCCUUUAAGUAAGGAGAAUUACCUGUUCACUCGAGGCCAAACCUUUGAUGAGAAGACCCUAGCCAGAGAUUUUAUUCAGGCAGCGCAGAAGCAGAUGGCUCAUGCAGUGAGAGGUAAGACCAUGCGGAGCAGCCCAGAGCUUUUCAAUUCUACGUCUCUUCCUCUGCCUGCAGACAGUCCUACCCAUCAGUCUCUUCUCCUUCCACCACUGCAAACCCCAAAGCUGUACGGGAGCCCCACACAGAUCGGGCCAAGCUACAGAGGCAUGAUCAACGUCUCCACCUCAUCGGACAUGGACCAUAACUCUGCUGUCCCGGGGAUGCCCGACUGUAGUCAGGUGUCUAGCAAUGUUGGUGAUGUCAUGUCCUUUUCAGUGACUGUCACGGCUAUCCCUGCCAGCCAGGCCAUGAAUGCUGGCAGCCACGGCCAGACCAUUCCUGUCCAGGCCUUUCCUGAAGAGAACAGCAUAGAGGACACGCCUUCGAAAUGUUACUGCCGAUUGAAAGCUAUGAUCAUGUGCAAGGGCUGUGGAGCCUUCUGCCACGAUGAUUGCAUCGGCCCCUCCAAACUGUGUGUCUCCUGCCUCGUCGUUCGGUAAUGAGAUCAGAAAGAGAGCACUCUGUAAAGGAGACAGGAAUGGGGAAGGGUUGAUAGAUGUGGUUUUUGCAUUCUUUUGGAAUCACAGAAAUAAACAAGUAGGUUUCAGUUUGAGUUGUCUUAAGAGACAAGUGUUACUUAAUCAGGAACACAGAAUACAGAUCUUACAUUUUAGAGAAAGAGCACCUUGUAUAGUAAGUCCAAGUCGAGCAAGACUUUGUGAAUUUGUGACAAGUUUGCACUUAGAAAAUCAUGUAAAUAUGUCACAUCGUUUUAACAUUUUUCCAGGUGUUUAGGUAAUGAUGUAUUACUUUGACUUCAGAUUGCUGUUCCACUUCAUGUGACUUUUCAUUUCAUGUGAAAAGUUUAAUGCCACACAUGGUAAAAGGCAGCAGUUUCCCUUCUGCCCUUUCCUAAGAGGCUAGAGAAAGGAAGGAGUGGAGGAAUGGUCUGAGGAAAUGACUGUUCAUGUUGAUUAUGUCUUGACAGUCUGACCGCAGGCUUUACAUAGAUUCUUCAGCCUUUGCAGAAUUUAGAUUGAGGGUUUACUCACUCCCUUUACCUAGGUGGAACCUGCUCCAGUUCUUAUUUUUGAUAAGGCAUUAAUUUCAUAGGUAGUGUUUCUCACUCUGAAAGUUCUGAGUUGGUUCUUGGUUUCCACAGACCAGUCCUAUUGCCAGGCAUUCUGCUUGCAGUUUGUGAAUCCCUGCCAUUCCCUAAUCCCACUUCUUUGCCCUGAAGAAGAGAGUGUGAACUAUGAAAGAGUUGCCUCACUAGACCCCUGGGGUCACCAUCACCUGUGCAGGGCAGUAAGUCCAGCAGUAAUCCCUGAGGAUUUAGUCAUUCAUGGGAGCUUACAAACAAGUUUGAAAUACUAGUAGAAAAUUAACAGAGAAGUGUCAGUGAUAGGGUGUUUUGUUGGGUAAGCAGAGUAAAGGUGCAGAAAUUGUUAAACUGAAUUUAAGGAACUUUGGAAGACAAUAUUAACACUAGAAACAAAGUAGCCCUUCUCUCUCCCCCUCUUUUCUCCAACCUGUUACCUAAUGUUCUACAGUCAGCUGUAUCUACAGGUAGAAAAACUCUUUAAUACCACAUUUGCCCCAUGCUGUUAUAUCUGUUUUGACCUCCCAGGCAUUUGAGGAGCAUGGAAGUCAUCUUAAUUAUAUUACUUUGAACAUAUAUGUGUGGCAUACACACUGUAAAAGUCAGACACUUUUCCUCUUUUAGAAAACAUGUCCCCUGUUUUGGAUUACUGCUGUCUAAACAUUAGAAGUUUCUAAUGUAAAGGGGCUUUAGUGAAUGACUAAGGGAACAUUUAGAAAGGAAGAGAUAGUGACUCCAAAUUUUUGUUCGUUCUUUUUUUUGUUUCCUUUUUGUUGAAUCCUGUCUCAUUACUGAAGAAUUUUUGAAUACAUGUGUUUAGGUCACGGUUAAAGAACAUGAAAAUAAGUCUACAAUUUACCAUAUUUGGUAUUAAAAAGUUGGGGAUUGUCAGUGUGCAUCGUUUGCAUAUUGAUUUCAGAUCUCCUAAUUUCAUGUGUGUAAAGAACAUGUAUUAGUGCCACCUAGCACAGUUGUCAUCGUGCUUAAUAUUCAGGAUGUGAUAUAUACAAAAUGCAGAACAGUUUAAACUCCUUAAUUAAGGAGUCACAUUCCAGAUAGGGGAAAGUAGACAGUAAUAAUCUUAGCUUUGCCCCCAUUGUACUACCAACCCCUCCCUACCUCACCCGUCAAAUUAUACAUACACUCUUAAUACUUUCAAACCCCACAAGAAACUAUUUACUUUUGUUUUUUGUUUGUUUCUGAGUUUUUUAUGGCCCAAAGCAAAUAGAGGGUUAAUAUCUGUGUUCUAUUUCAGCCAAGACAAUUUGAUGUUCUUCUAACUUCCUUUUUCUUCCAGCACACACAUAGCUAACACAUAAGAAAUCUGCAAGGAUCCAAGGAUAAGGAGCAAGUUCUCCAGCCAGUAACCAGUAGAAAUCAGAAACCAUGGUUCUGUUCUCAAAUUGUCAGUGCCCUGGGUAAUCCCAAGGGGUGUUUAAAAGACCUGUUGAUAGUUAAAACUCUCCACUCCCAGCUUUCUCACUCCCCACUUUAGUGGCCGGACUGAGGGAUGGCCUGCCUGCCUGCAGUGGUUGACUGUUUCAGAACUGACCCUACGGUGAACUUGAACGAUCAAUUUGAAUUUUCAAAAUGAUUUUUCUUCUUCACGCCUUUCCUAUCAUAGAAAGUCUCUCCUCCACGGUUCUCUUCAUCUAAGGAUGGACAGACUAACCAGGAAAGGAGGAAAGGCAUCAGGGAUUUUCACGUCCGUUUAGAGAGCAAACCAUAUUGUGCCUAUUCAUCUUGACCCAGGCUCUUGCAGAGAGGCCCUAAGCAGUACCAUUCACCAGAUUCUCUUUACAAAUAAUCCCCAGCUAAUAAAAUAGUACAUCGUCAGCUAGGUGCACUGCCUCAAUCUUGACUAAAUGAGAAAAUAGAUGCUGUUAGAUUGGUACAAAAUUGAAUGCAGUUUGUUUAUCAGUUUGUUUCAAAACAGUGGUGUCAAGUAGAAGGUCAUCUUACAAUGCUGACUGAACUGAAAGAACAAAAAUUAGAAUCUGGCUCUUUCAAAAAUGAAGCAGUAGGAACAAGAAAACCUUUAAAUUACUAGAAUAUCAUAUUCCAGUACCUUUCAAGCAGUUUUUAAUCUUAGGUUUUCAGUUACUUUACCUUUCAGUUCAGUCUGGAAUGUGUCUAAUAACUGCUCAGCUUAUUUUUAUGGUAUUAAGUUGCACUAUUUCCAGUGACUAGUCAGGUAUGCUGCCUGAUGCUGAUGCCUCCAGGGUAUUUUCUCUGCCUUCAGAUAACCUUCCAUUGCGGGUCACCUUGGGGAGAUGGCAUUAAUGAUGUAUCUAUCACCUCAGUCUCACUGACGAAUAUUGUAAGUUGUCUAGUAGAGAAGCCUCCCUGAAUCUUAAAGAUUUUUUAAUUAAAAUUCUUCCUCCUGUUAAACAAACAAAAGCCAAAUAACCUGAAGUUGUUUGCCCUACAUAAUAACCCAUGUUGAAGAUACUGAAGCUGUCUAUAGUACCCCAUGUAACAUUUUUUAAAAAUUAGACCUGGCAGAUGUGAAAUUUUUCUUGUGGCGGGGAAGGAUACUUAUAUGGGCUGGGAAGGCACACAGUGUAGAUACCACAAAUUUAAAUAAAUAGCCAGAAGAAGACUUUAUUGCCUUCCGGGUGAAGGCAUAAGCUCAUUCAUAAUCGGAUAGUUUACCAUCCUAAUUUCUUACUGCCUUUCUUCACCUGAGUCCUGAAGGCCUCUUGGGUGAAAUUAUUUGUUAAAAUGAGGGAGUCUUCUCUGGUCAUGACAUCACUGUUUAGAGCUGUCAGUAAGCAGUACUAGGGUUUUCUCUGUGACUUAGGGAUUUCACUUCACAGCAAGGAGAGAAAAGUCUCCCCAUUUCAUUACAACAAUGUGCUAAGUAAAAAAAAAAAAAAAAAACUUGGCCAAGGGUAGCUUUCAGCUCAAUUCAUAGAAUAGUCCAAAGAGACUCUGAGAAAUAUAAUAAUAAGCAGGGAUCUUUCCUACCGUGUUUCAAUACCUACAUAACCUAUUGAAAGAGAACAAUAGGUAAAACAGUUCCUAAAGUUGAAGUAAGAGCUUCAUAGAUUCUUGGUUACUUUAUUUUUUUUAAUGCUUUACAUUUGAUACAACUAUUAAAGAUCAAUUUUAAAAAAUAGCUUUCCAGUAAUAUAUUUUAAGUAAUAUAUAUUUUAAUAUCUAUGUAAAAAGUGACAGUGGAAGACUUUGAAUUUCUCAUAUAAGGUAUGUUUAAUGUAGGACCUCACUGUUAAGGCACAAGUUAUUUCAAAGAAAGUUACUCAAAGACACUCAGAUUAUUUCCAAAAAAUAAAUAAAUGCAAUAAGGGGACGUUUUGGAGUUUAUUUUUUAUUUUAAAAGAUAAUUGACUUAUUUACCACAAGCUAUUUUUUUUCCUUCUGGCUUAAAGGUUUGUAGAGACUGGUUUGGUAAAUGCUAAACUUUUGUGUCUUUUGCCUUUUUAAAGGAAUUGUUAACAUUGGAAUUGAGGGUAUGUACAGAGAAGUUGGUGUCAACACCAUUUAAAAACAUAUUUUUUCACAAGUAUAGAAAAAUCAUUUUACAUAAGAAUUUUAAGUAUUUGCAAUAAAUAUAUGUAUAUAGAUUGUAUGUAUUCAUAUAUUCUUAUUUUUCAUUUUAUUAUUAAGUAAAAGAUAAUUAAAGUGAAAAUGAACAACCUUGGAGUUUUUGAUGCAUCUUGAGGUCUGACAUACAUGUGAAAGUGGUGUGGGUGAGGGCCCUCAGUUGUUGCCUUAUACUACUAUUGGAAGAUUACCAACAGAUUGCACAGAAGAUAGUAAAAUGAGAAAUUUGUGAUAAAUCAGGGUAGUGUAUUUCUUUCAGAACUCUAGUAAAAAUAUUACGUUCUCCCGA